CGCUCUGUAGCAACCUACAAUUGUGACUUCACUGUAUACGCUUUCGCGAGUUUAUAACUCAGCUUAUUUGAGGCCUUAAUGUUGUUGUGUAGAUAUUGCUAUGGAAGGGGUUGAGAUUAUUACAGACGAUGGCGGGGGGGUGUACGACAAGGAAGCGGAAGCUAACAAGCCAAGAUCUCGCCCAGUAAGUGGGGAGGACCGCCCGCUAUCGGGGGAAUCCCUCAAUUUAAGCGGGACAGUUAAACGAGGUUACAAGAUGUCCCACAUCGAUCAAGAUGCUGUUAGUUUGAGCGCAACGUUAAAGAGAGGGAUGCGGAACCAGGGCAUGCUUGAAGCGAUCCCCACCGGCAAGACUGACUCUCCUGGAUCACCACGUGGUUCUAAAAGGUUCAGUUUCAAAUCACCAAAGAAAUCAAAGAAACUAUCAAGCAAAAAUGAUGACACAAUUAGCAUUAUGAGCUCGGCAGAGUCUCAUUUCAACUACCCACGAGGAUUACGAAUAGAGGACGUACGGGGAACCCCCUUCGAUGAUACCGUGAGCAUGAUCGGAGGUUACAUCAUGGACGCUGGGCCUUUCCAACAGCAAGAUGGAAUCCGAGACACAAUUGGAAGAAAGAACAUUGUGACGUUGAAGAAGAUGGUUAAACUUGAACGUGGUAACGUCGCUGUGGAUCCUAAAGUUCUGGUCCUUACACCCUAUAGAUUCCAAAUCCUUUCAACCAAAGCUCCGUUCAAGAUGGAAGCUGACAUUCACUUCUUGGAGAUCAAAGCACUGGAUAGCCCGACACCUGAACGGUUAAUCGUCACCACGGACACAGGAAAGAUAUACUUCAUGCAGAUGAUCGGGACGGAUGAUGCCGAUCACAUCAUUGGGAGGGUGGCGUUGUCGCUUCGAACAAUCUUCCCCAAUGUCGCGCUUUCUCGGAUCAUCAAAGCAUCGUUGGAACCACUGGGCCGGCAGAAGAUCAUCCAAUCCAUGCUCAACCAGGGUGACCAAUCGGAACCCGGGCCGUGUGGAAACUUCUCCGAGAUGUAUCGUUGUAUUUGUGACUACUUGGGGGCGCCAGUGAGGGAAGAGGUUGAAUGGGAUGUAGACACGAUAUAUUUGUCGCAAAACUGCAAGGAAAUUAACACCAAGGAUUUUGACUUACCUGAUACUAAAGACAUCAUUCCCAUUAUAUCAGUGAUGAUUUACAGCCAGUGGUUUGAUGGGUUGGUGGUCAGGAAUACUAAACUGAGUUUCGAAGUGUUGGAGUUCAUAUUAAAAGUGACGCGGAACUCGCAUAACUUGAAGGAGUUGUCGUUGGAGGGUGUUGGAAUAAAAGGCGAGUUUGCGCACCGUCUUUCAAUCAACAUGAUUGAGAAUAAGGAAUGUAGAAUCGAGGUUUUGGAUUUAUCUGGGAAUUCCAUUGAAGACAAAGGGCUGGUACAUCUGAGUGGUUCACUCCCUGUAAUUAAACAUGGAAGUUUCCGUCAUCUUAGUCUUGCAAGAACAGGUAUCACAGGCAAGUCAAUCAACGUUUUAUGCCAAGCUUUGCGUUCAAGUCAGCGGAUUAUGACAACGCUGACUCAUCUUAACUUAUCGGGGAAUAAUAUUCGUCCUGAGGAAGCUGAGGGACUUCUCAAUUUCUUAUCGACCGAAAACCAGAUCACUGACCUUGACCUUUCUGCCACCGAAGGCGCUGUUGAGCUGUACCUCAGUGCGAUAGCGAAAGGUUGCACAAAAUAUUUGGAAAACGUUUCGCUCGGAAAGAAUGUUUUCCAAACAAAAAAGAGCAAAGACACGGCCAUCCCACCCUCGGUCAUGCAUUAUUUCCACAAAACAACUUCAUUGAAAAACAUGGAUAUCUCCCACACAAAGAUGCCACCCGAAGCUAUUAGGUACAUCAUGGAUGGGAUACUUGCGAACAAAACACCCGGGUUACGAGUUGCGUUGAAUCUAUCAAGUUGUGAGUUGAAAUCCAUGGGUUGCCACAUCAUCCAAUCUUGCGUGGCAAGUUUAACGAACCUCGUUUCCCUCGAUCUAACCGACAAUAUGUUGGAUGGUGACUUACUGCCUUUACUUGGUUGUAUGCAGCAAAACCGUUCGAUCACUGAGUUUAAGAUUGGUCGUAAUUUCUUUGGUGUGAAACCAAAGUAUAUGAGGCAAGUAAUGGAGGGGAUCGUUGAGUUGAUGCAAGAAGAAGAUUCCGUCCUACAAACGUUCUGCAUCGCCGAUUCCAAACUCCGAGAACAUCUUCAUAUUUUACUCGGAUGUCUUGGGAGCAACACCUCGCUCACAAGCAUCGACAUCAGUGGCAACUACAUGGGGGACAACGGGGCACGAGUGUUGUCCAAAUCCCUUCAAAUCAACAGCAAACUACAAGUUGUUAAGUUAGAUAGAAACAGUCUCACAUCACUGGGUUUCCAUGAGGUGGCAAAUGCUAUGGAAAAGAACUACACACUACGAUACAUGCCGUACCCCGUCAACGAUGCCGUCAUCGCCAUCAAGAUGCAUCCGGAACGGACACAAAGAUCUCUCGCUCGCAUCCAGGAUUUGUUGCUGAGGAACGCCAAUGCCACCGGAGGCAGCAACGAUCAGCAGUUCCGUCUUCAACAAGUUGUAACGAACACUGCUCAACAAGUGCUCGAUAGAGUGGCAGAGAAAGUCGACGACACGGUAAACGCCCUUGAGAUUUUGGUUGAAGAUUCGGCUUCCAAUGAUUCCGUCAUUACUGCUAAGAAACUUGUCAAGGAUGCAAAGAAUUCCAAACAGCUUUUAUCAGAUAUCUAUGGCAUUGGGAUGGAGAAGUGCUCGGGUGACGAGAGCCCUCUAGUGUCCAAGAUCAGGGAAACUGCGAAAAACUUGAAUAAAAUCGUCGAAGAAAAUAUCACGAAAACAAUUGAAAGUAUGAUGAAAACAGUGGAAGCUCAAUGUCCUCAUAUAUUUAUGGAUAUAAGGGAAGAGUUGGAAAGAUCAAUUGAAACAAAAUGUCAACUCCCCAAAGAUUCGGUGAAGGAUUACGUGAUGCAUACUUCAGGGAGUGUUAUUGUUAACCAAGUCAGUGAAUUAAACUUAUCAAUGGCAACCUUGAUGUCGGACAGGAUCGCCGAUAGAUUGUUGGGAGCUUUGUCGCAAAGUAAUCUUACAUUGACGGAUCAACUGAACAGACACAAACAGAAGGAGAAUGUUGGGAAAAGAGCAACAGAGGAUGUUGUUCAAGUUGACGAGGAUGGUGCGUUGCUCCCCGAUAUGAGGAGGAACAGGGCUGCAAGCAUCGCGAAGAGGAAACAACGACCUGAUGUCCAGUCUUCCCUCAUGACAGGUGGGGUAUCACAAAUAUCUUUUUCUAACCUUUUUUUGACCUUACGUCUGGCACAUUUGCCAUGCUUUAUAGACAACACCAAACAAAACGGAGCACCUAGCAUUGUAAUUUAUAUAAUACUAUUUGUUAAAACAAGAAAGAGAAAAGGAUUAAAAACAAAGCGACAGUCGGCACAAGGUGUAUGA